GAGCACCUAAGACAGGUCAGCGGAACGAUGCGUCUAAACAGUUCGCAACAGCGCAGUGUUGACUGUGAUGAAGAAAAACAAGGCAACCCAAAAGUUUAGUUUAGUCAGAAGGCAGUUAUAACAGGAGGAAUCUGCGGAGGUCAUGUUCUGAGACCGAGGCGCGGAGCAGACGGAGCGGGAUGAAGUCGGUGACACGGAGCGCCAGGCGCUUCUGCUGCUGUGGAGUCGGGCUUCUCGCGGUGGUGUGGCUCGCACAGGUCCUGCAGCUGACAGAGAUCAAGUCUUCGUGGCCAGAAACAGACUUUCCCAGACGCAGGGUCCUGCAGUAUGGAGUCGAAAAUCAAACAAUUGACACUCCCAGAGCAGCAAUUCAUGAGUUCCCUGAGGACAUCUUCACCAAAGAGCAGCGCAAGAGAGGAGCCGUACUACUGCAUGUGCUCUGUGUCGUCUAUAUGUUCUACGCACUGGCUAUCGUUUGCGAUGAUUAUUUUGUCCCAUCGCUGGAGAAGAUCUCAGAGACGGUGGCCGUGACCUGGUGGUCUCUGUUCAGAGAUUCGCUGUACUACAUCUUCUCCGUGCUGGCCUUGAUUUUGGUUAUCUAUGAUGAAAGAGUUGUAUGGUGGGAAUCUAUGCUUCUGAUCUCCAUGUAUGGAGUCUACAUCCUUAUCAUGAAGUUUAACAGUCAGAUCGCCAGCUUUGUCCAGAGAUCAUGUGGCAGUCCGGGCCAAUGUUGUGUCAGGAGACAAACGUCCAGAGAUAAAGAGGCUGAUGAAGCGGGAACGAACGGCAACACCUCCGUGGUGCUGUUGAGGAAAGCAGGUUCAGGACAGGAGUCUCCAGUGGUGAUGGUGGAUGAGCUGCUCAUCUUGAGGCCACACCAGCUCUCAUUCCCAGAGGCUGGACUGCGUCUCAUGAUCACACCGCAUUUCUCUCCACGCACCCGUCUCACUAUGGCCGGACGCAUGCUCAUCAGUGAGAGACAGAGACUGCUCCGGGAGGAUAAGAUGAGCAGGACCUCAGUGAAGACAUUCGGCUCUAGAGGGAUAGUAAACGGAGGAAGUCUUGAAGCACAGCAGACACCUGAGGACACACAAACGACGGAUGGUAAGAAAGGAGUGAAGGUGGAGGUGGAAAACUCUCAGAGACAGAGACUGCUCCGGGAGGAUAAGAUGAGCAGGACCUCAGUGAAGACAUUCGGCUCUAGAGGGAUAGUAAACGGAGGAAGUCUUGAAGCACAGCAGACACCUGAGGACACACAAACGACGGAUGGUAAGAAAGGAGUGAAGGUGGAGGUGGAAAACUCUCAGGCUGAAGAAGAGGAUGAGGACAGGGACGAAAUGUUCAAACCUCUCCAUUUUCCUGCUGGCUACUGUGCGCGUCUGAAGUGGCUUGUGUCCUGGCCGCUGGCUGUUCUGCUGUAUUACACAGUGCCUAACUGUGUUUUGCCACGUUGGCAUCGCUGGUUCAUGGUCACCUUCAUUGCUUCAACCAUUUGGAUUGCUAUUUUUUCCUACCUCAUGGUGUGGAUGGUCACCAUCAUCAGCUACACACUUGGUAUUCCUGAUUACAUCAUGGGAAUCACUUUCCUGGCUGCUGGCACUAGUGUACCCGACUGCAUGGCGAGCCUCAUCGUCGCCCGCCAAGGAAUGGGGGACAUGGCAGUGUCGAACUCCAUAGGCAGCAAUAUCUUUGACAUCCUGCUGGGACUGGGCUUCCCCUGGGCUCUGAGGACGCUAGUAGUAGAUCAUGGCUCAGCAGUAUUCAUCAAUAAUAAAGGCCUGGUGUAUUCUGUCAUCCUGCUGCUCGCAUCAGUCUUCCUCACGGUCCUGAGUGUGCAUCUGAAUGGCUGGAAGCUGGAUCGGAGACUAGGUCUUGGUCUCAUGCUUCUUUACUCCAUCUUUCUGCUCUGCUCCAUCCUCUUCGGUCAACUCUAGAAGUGCCACACUCUUCAGUGCGUUCUUGUUUUGGUUUCAUUAUUAAAGUGCUUUUACUGUAGAUCAGGUACUAAAUCUUGGCUAAUUUCAUGCCUGCGUACAGUGUAGCAGCAAGAGGAAAUUGUGUGCUCUACAGAAGCAACCUCAGAAUGGUUUUCAGGAUCCAGUCAGUCCAUUGUUCUGUCCACAGCAAGAACG